CACCGCGGUAUUCCCCUUGCAUUUUGCAUAACCCCGCCCUCAUCCUGGCCACGCCCAGCACCGGCUGCAGCCGCCGCCAGUCGCUGUUGCCUCCCAGUGCUCCCAAGCAGGAUUUCCCAUUGCCAAGCCGUGGCCGGAUGGAGGAGGAGGAGGCCGCGAAGAAGAGGAAGAUGCCCCGGGAGCCCCAGGCAGACAGGGAGCUGAGCACGGAGCGCAGAGAGAACAAAUCCCCGUGGCAGAAGCUGGUGGGAGAGGCCGUUUUGAGUGGCUCCACGGGCCAGGAAUCUAAGGGGGAGGAAAAGCCCCAGAGAUGCUGCACAAGGAGGGGCUGCAAACACAGCCCAAGGAGGUCCAAGGAGGAAGGCGGCCGGAGAUCCAGCCAGAGCUUGGAGCUGGGGGUCCAUGAACAGCUUCACAAUGGGGAGAAGCCCCACAAGUGCUCAAAAUGUGGGAAGGGCUUCAGGUGGAAGUCCAGACUGAUUGUCCACCAGAGAAUCCACACCGGAGAGAGGCCCUACGAGUGUGGGGAGUGUGAGAAGAGCUUCAGAGACAGCUCCAGCCUGAUUGUCCACCAGAGAAGCCACACAGGGGAGAGGCCCUACGAGUGUGGGGAGUGUGGGAAGAGCUUUGGCCGGAGAUCCAGCCUGUGGGCACACCAGCGGACGCACACAGGGGAGAGGACCUACGAGUGUGGGGAGUGUGGGAAGAGGUUUCCAAGGAGCUGCAGUCUCCUCAAACAUGAGCAGAGUCACACGGAUGAGAGGCCCUUCCGCUGCCCCGACUGCGGGAAGGGCUUCCAGUGCAACUACACCCUCAUCAUCCACCGGCGCAUCCACACCGGGGAGAGGCCCUACGAGUGUCCCCAGUGUGGGAAGAGCUUCUCCAGCAGCUCUCACUUGACCCGACACCAACGGAGGCACCGCUAA